GUGGCCCUCCAUGUUGCUGCUGCAUUUUUCCUUAGUGUGUUCUCAAUCCGGUUAUGAGAGACAAGAAAAACAGGUUCUGGAUCUGUAUCCUCCCCACCGCCUGUUCGUCACCGCUCUGUCACCUGAGCCAGACGCUUUAUUUCUGCUUGGACUGACCAGAGGCUCUCCUAAUUCUUGCUCGUAUUUUGUUUGCUCAUCUUUUCAUUUGUACUUAUUUCUGGAAAAUGACCAUUAAAAAUUUCCAAAUUGAAUACGACUCCAUCAAUAGCCAAAACAUCUUCACCAACGGAGAUACAAUCAAUGGAAGGAUCGUCGUGGAAGUCUCGAAAGAAACGUCAGUCCAAUCGCUCACCUUUAUAGGAAAAGGAAGUGCAAAGGUUUGCUGGCACGAGUAUUACGGGCAACAUAGCAGUGGCUACUACUGGUCCGAUGAGAAAUAUUAUGAAAUCAAGCAACGUAUCUUGCGAGCCGGAACUGAUUUUAUUCCCAAAGGAAGACAUGUGUUCCCCUUUUCCUUCAAGGUCCCUAACAGGAAAAUGCCGUCCUCCUUCAAGUCAUCCGUCGGUAAAAUUGUUCAUAAGCUGAAAGCGGAGCUUAAACAAUCAAUGAAGUUGACAAAAAAAGCAAAAGCCCACUUCACAUUUGUCUCUAAAGCAGACAUGACCAUACCAGGACUCAUGGAACCUCAGCAUGAUUGCACGGAUAAAAAAAUCACCGUCUUUGGUUCUGGGAUCAUUGCAAUGGAUGUUCACACACAAAGGAUGGGAUACCACCCAGGUGAGGAUCUCCAAGUCAAAGUUGAAAUUCAUAACCUAUCAUCCCGUGACGUGAAGCCCAAAUUUGUAUUGUACGAAAAGCAGAGUUUCUUUGCUCAAGGAAACAGGAACGUUUGCACACAGAACGUCCUCAAGGAGACACUUGAGAGUAUUGCUCCCCAUAGUAAACGGAGAGUGAAGAAGGUGAUCACAAUCCCCAGAAGUUUGCCUCCUUCCAUUUUGAACUCCUCAAUCAUCCAGCUGGAAUACAGACUGAAGAUCUUUCUGGGUGUCAAAUAUGCAAUAAACCCAGAAAUCAAACUUCCAAUCGUUGUCCUACCUGCCUUUGAAGUUCCUGCAGGACAACAACCUCCGGAUCCUGCUGCUGCCUAUGGAUUUGAGCAAUUUGGGAGAUCACGCAAACAGAGCUGGAGCAAAGCAUCUCAGUCUUCGGAUCUCCCUCCACCAUACGGAGCACACGCCGAGUAUCCCACCUUGAGUGAUUAUAAAUAUCGAAGGUGACCAUCAAUUGCUGAAAGAAAUUAUCACCCGUUUCCUCCCACAUUCCAAAAACAUGCAUGGCGGGUUAAUGGAACACUCUA